AACAACACAUCAGCUGCAAAUUUAUGCAAAACAGUCAAAGCACCGAGGCUGCUGCUGCUGAGGCCGUCCUGCAGAGACUGAAACCAGCACCUAGAGCGGGCUGCGGGGCCGCUGAGCCGCUCACAGCCGACCAGCAGCGGGCAGGAGCAGCGGAGAGAGCCGGAGAGGAGACGACACCAUGGAGACGGACGGAGAGCAGAGCCAGCAGGGGGCCUCGACCAAUGGGAGCGCUGCAUCUGGGACGAGUUCCCGCCCCUCUCCUAUGAACUCGAUGUCUCUGUAUGAAAGACAGGCUGUGCAGGCCCUGCAGGCGCUACAGAGGCAGCCGAAUGCUGCUCAGUACUUCCAGCAGCUGAUGCUGCAGCAGCAGAUCAACAAUGCCCAGCUGCAGAACCUGGCUGCUGUGCAACAGGUAAAGGCUACUCUAGCGGCCAGUCGUCAGUCCAGUCCUUCCAGCAGCAGCUCCUCUCAGACCACCAGCUCCACAGCUGCCAGUGUGACGUCAGGAUCAGGAUCGACAACCAGCAGCCGUCCGAUGGGCGUCUCGGCAACGUCCACGAUCAGCCAAUCGGUGCUGCUGAGUGGGACGGCAGGAGGGCAGGGACAGAUGUAUCUAAGGGUUAACCGCUCCCUGAGGGCGCCCAUCUCUUCCCAGCUCAUCUUUAUGCCUGGAAGCACAGCAACAGCUGCCGUGGCGACCGUCACCCAGCAGCCCCAGGCUCAGCAACAGCAACAGGAAGUGACACCAACUUCUUCUUCCGGUGGCCAAUCGGACAAUGACCAGGUGCAAAAUCUAGCGAUGCGAGGAGUGUCCAGUCCAAAAGGUGUUGGUGUGAAGACAGAAGCCUCAGACAGGAGUGACUCUGCUGCCUACCCGUUGGUCCAGCCCUCGCACCAGUCAAACACUCAGUCCCCCACCAAACCAAGUCAGCCUCAGCCCCAGCCCCCUCACAUCAAAAUCCCCACUUACCCUCAGCCCACCAACCUCAAAGCCCACCCCUCUUCCUCCUCUGGUGCCUCGUCCUCCACCUCCUCCAUCCCUCUCUCCCAGCUCCUUCUUCACGGGACUCGCACUCUAACUACAGGAACCACAGCUCCCACAGCAGCCCACACGCUGGUCUUAACUUCCAGCUCAGCAACCCAGCCCCAUGGGUAUCCUGUCGGCACAGCGACCAUCAAACCAGCAGUGAACGCUCAGACGCUGGUGGUGCAGCCACUACAGAAGACAUCGCUCAGUGCUGAGAAAUCAGGACACGGGAAUGGACCCAUACCGAUCCAACCAAAAACUCUGCAGGGGCUCCGCCUGCCACUCCAGCUUCCCUCCAGGAACCCCCCUCCCAUCCUGCCAGCCCCACCUCCCGCCAGCAGCUCCGCCCAACCUCUGCAGACUCCACACAUCCCAGUCCAGAUUGUCGGGGCAAGGCAGAGCACGCUGGGAAAUACACAGGCUCUGGCUCUGGCCCGUGGUAGCUGCAGUCAGGACGGAGCCGCUGUGCUCAGCAGCUCGUCCAGCCUCCUCACCAUGGUGGCCUCCAUCGCCUCCAGGGAGGGCGGAGUCGUUGGCCGAGGGGUUGGGCUAAAGACGCUACAGUCUCCUCAGGAGGCUCCCCCUCUGGCGCAGGUAUCACAGGUGCAUCCGCAGGUCAAUCAGAGCUCGGCACAGAGUCAGAAUGGACCCUUGUCAUCAAGCCCUGCCUCCUCUCAGUCUCCUGCUGUUUCAUCUCCUCCCUCUUCCAUAUCACGCUCCUCUCUCUCCCUCCCCUUGGUGGCAGAAGAGCAGAGAGGGUCAUCGACUGUUGUGACCACAAACGGAGACUCGUCAGGAAGUUUGACACCACAGGGGAAGCAGUUGAGUGGCUCACUAAAGAGAAAAUCAGACUCUAAUUCAGCGAAUGAUGAAGAUGGCCCCUCUCCCCCUCGGCUCCAGCCAAUCAGAGACCACCCAACAAUACUCUCUACUGAAGCUGGCUCUGAAGCUCCAGCCCCUGUCGCCUCCUCGCCCUCCCCGGUGUUGUCAGUGUCCCGUGGGAUCUGCGGCCAGGGGGAGAGAGCUCCUCCCCCUCAGGCUGUGGUCAAACCCAACGUCCUUACACAUCUUAUAGAGGGAUUUGUUAUCCAAGAGGGGGCGGAGCCUUUUCCUGUGUGUGGUUCAGUGAAAGACUCAGCUGGUGAGGAUUUAACCAAUGACAGUCCAGACACUAACCAAUCAGAGACUGUUACAACAGCAACAGUGCUGAAGUGUGAGUACUGUAAAAACUUUGCUCCUGCCAGCCAGUUCAGAGGCACCAAAAGGUUCUGCUCCAUGAGUUGUGCCAAGAGUAUGUAUUGGUUCCCCAGGUACAACGUCAGCUUCAGGCAGCAUUUCAGCGUUCGGCAGGGUCACAGUCAAAGUCACAAUGCUACAGAUCAGGAUCAAGGCCAAGGUCAUCUCUCCAACUCAGACGAGGAAGGGGGAAUAACCAGGCGGAGGGUUCCCCGGAGAACGAGCUCAGAAAUAGCCAGUGCCAAGAUAGCAGGGAGGCCCAUACCUGUCAAGUGCCGCUCAGAGUCCAGCCACUCAGACGAGGAGUCCAGUGGAGAGGAGGAUGAAGACGACCCCAUGUCCCUCUCGCCUGCCUCCUCAGCCUCCUGCCACCAGCAGCAGCCGCCUCCUCCUCCUUCAAUCCCCACAGAGAAUUCAGCUCCGAGCUGCCCGCCUGCAAGCCCAGCACAGUGGAGCGUGGAGGAAGUGUCACAGUUUAUUUCCUCACUACAAGGUUGUGAGGAUCUCGCCCCCCAGUUUCUUUCACAGGAAAUCGACGGACAGGCGCUGCUGCUGCUAAAGGAGGAGCAUCUCAUGUCCACCAUGAACAUCAAGCUCGGUCCUGCCCUCAAGAUCUGCGCACACAUUAACAACCUGAGAGACUGACGUUAGUGUUUUUAUAGAUCCACAGUGUUCAGAAUCCAGCCCUGGGCAUUUAUCACAAACACCUUCUCUGUUUCCAUUAAAACCUGGUUUUAGCUCAGUCUGAGACCUGCAGAGGUGCCGUUCAUUUUGAGAACAAAGCCACGGCUCUUAAACUCGCACUAGAGCUGCUGCACUUGAAUUUGUUGUUGACCUGUUUGCUCUUACGCAUAUUUUCAUAUGUGCUUCUUGUACCAGAUCAUUAUCAUUCCUCACAAAUCCGUCAGACCCAUAAGUUAAAACAAAAUAGCGAAACAUUUAGGUGCAGAUAAACGUCCCCAAAAUGCUGUUUUUGUGCUUUAAACGGUUUUGAGUACAGGAGUAGCUUUGGUUGAGGGAUUUAACUUUUUAGCUGCACAUUAUCAGUCUUAAGCCUGAUUUGUUCAAUGUUGAAAUGAAGGUUAUGAAUGUAUUUUAAACCAGGGCUAGGGCUUGGUAAUUAGUUGCACAGGAUUAUCUAAUUUUGACAUGUUAUGUAUGAAUCGGGCUUCCCCUAUUACUUUACACUUCUUUUGUUACAUCUCAUGUUUCUUCAGUUGAGCUAAACCUUUGAAAGAAAAGAAAGAUAUUUUCCAAAGCCAAUACCUUUCUAUUCUUCUUUUGUAUCAUAUUGUACAGAAAAAAUCUUUUUUUUAAAUGUGUACUCACUGAUUUUUUUCUUCUACAUCAUUUCUGUUGCUUCUAAAAGCAAUGUCAGUUCUCACUUAGUUCAACACUUUUGCCUUUUUCUUUGAGUGUGUUUUUACACUGUACCUGAUUGAAUCAACAAUCAGAAUUCAAUUAUGACAAAAACAACAGAGGAAAACAUGGCGGAUUUGAUUUCAAAUCCAGGGCAAACUUUUAAAUCAUGGUUUUAUUUUAAAUGAUUCAUAAUUUUUGUUUCAAAAGGUAUUUUGCAAGAAAAGCCCUCAAACGAUUUAUAGCGUCUAUGUCAUGAAUGUAAACUCUAGUACUGUCAAAUGUUGGAAUUCUCUGAGAAUAGGCAUUUUAAAUAGUCGCGCUUUAAUAUUUAAACCUGUCUAUUCUAAAAUAAACAGGGUAAAGUCAAAGUACAAGGUACUUGACAACAGUCUAAAUGACAUCUAAAUCUUUCAAAGUGCAGAGAGAGAAUUUCAUAUUUGAAGUUUGGCAAAAAUACUGCAAAAAAACUGAUGCUGCAUAUGGUUUCCUCACAUAUUUACUCUAGUUUACAUACAGGAGAAACAAAACGCCACUCAUUAUUGACUCUUAAAGGGACUAAAAUCUUUGAAAUAUGUGACUUUUUUGUCAAACUUUUUGUUGCUCCUCAAAUACUACAACCAGCUGCUAAGUUCAUGGGCUUGAUUUUGUGGUGAUGUUAAGUUAAGAAAAAUGCUGGAACAGAUGAAGAAUGGAAGUAAGCACCAACUGUGAUAAUAAGCUUUUAAUUUGAAGUUCAUUUAAGCUACAUUCAUAAACAAAACCAGAAAGUCUGUGACGAAAAAUCGGCCGGCAGCCACAGUGGACCUACAUUUUGGAUGGAUGAUUUUAAAAAAUGUGAAUGAGUGAGUUGAAGUGAAUGAUAAAACCUUAAUCUAUACUGUAAUAAGUGUAAAAUUUGCCUUUAUAUUUAAAUGCACAUUUGUUUGCUGGACUGCCUUGUUUAAGCUUUUUACUGUAGGAGUUUUCUCAUAUUCUCUCUCUGUGAACCUUGUGGCCUUUCUCACUAGUCUCUACUCUAGGUUUAGAUUAGGAUUGUCUGUUUUAUAACUGCUUUUCAUAUCAUUCCUUGUUUUAUAUUAGUGCUUACUUUUCUACAAUUGUUAUUCCAAGCAAGGACAUCUGUUGCCUUUCCCAAAAAGUGUGAUUGAAUAGUAGCGACCUUGAUUAAGGAAACUCUCCGUCUUCCUCGUAGCUUUGUCACAUAGCGUGUAAUUACCAACAGUAUUUAUCUUUUUAGCUAGCUUUCCUUGGCUUUAUUGUUAGUGACUGUGGCUACAACAGUAUUUUCUUUCAAAGGGUAAUAAUCUUUGUUAGCUGUGUGUUGUAUGUCAGUCCGCCCAGGAUUUUGGAUUGUUUAAAUCAGCAGAGGUCCCUCAGUCUAGUGUGAAAACCAAAUAAAGGAAUCACGUGUGCUCUACAACAAGGGUGGUGGGCAACAAUUUCCCAGUCAAAUCACUGAAGUUCUGCCGUGAUUACUUGUGUAACAUGUUGACAAGCAGACUUUUUUCAUCCAAUCACCAUUAACCCAAAAAGUAGCACUUUUUCUCCCAAAUUGCCGUAAAAAUGACUUUUUAUAUGAAGAGGCUACUUUAGAAUCAAAAUUUGUUUGCUUGCAAAUAUCAAAGACAAAAAAUCUUGGAGGGACUGAGUCAGAUGGGAGAGGCUAACAAUAAUAUCAUGCAAAUAAAUAAUCAAGGAAUUGUUUCAAAGCUGUUGCACCUGUGUCUUUUUUUCUGAAGAAAAUGAACUGAAUUGAUCAAUAAAGGUCAUCAAGUUUUCAUUUACAUGCAAGACUCUGUA